GCCGCUUGGGUCCCGGGCAGCACGCACCGCCUCCCACGCGCCGCUCGCUCCCUCCCUCCCUCUCUGGGCCCUCCGCCUCUGGCUCGCGCCUCUGCGCGCGCGGGGCUGCCUCGCGCCUCCCUCCCUCCCUUUUUUCCCUGCUGCCUGGCUCGGGCAUCCCCUCAAGCGGCGCGUGCGGUAAUGGCGGCGGCCUGAACCUGAAUGAGGAACUUACCGCCGAGCCGGUGUCUUUUAAUUUUAAAGAAAACCACCCACCAACCCCCGAGCUGAGCGCUUCCCUUCCCCAGGCGCUCUCUUGUGGAAGAAGAAGAGGAAGAGCCAGCCCUGAAGUGAAGGAGAACCAGCAGCUUCGUGGGGAGGGGCGAGCGGAGAGGAGGAGGAGGAGGAGGAGGAAGAGGAAAACGCCGCCGCCGGGAUGAUGAAGCCCCAGUGAAGAGGAGGAGGAGGAAGAGGCCAGAGGAGUUUGGGGACAACUUGGCACUUCGGGUCCCCGGGAAGCGAGACUUUUCUGGAGAAGGAGGGGACCGGUCCCUUGGCCCCGCUUUUUUUAUUCCAUUUUGGCGUGCGGUUUGCCCUUUUUGGUUUUGGCUCCUUUUCUGUGGUCUAUGUCUUGUUGGGAGAUCUGGUGGAUUCUUCUGGCUCUCCUGGAGGAAGGCGCCGGCGCUGGGGUUGGCUCCUUGGUCUUGGCUGGAGGGCGAAGGCCGAGGAGAAGGGAUCUCGCUCGGGCGGCGCGGAGGAGAGAGAGCUCGGACAUGUGUCAGCACAUCUGGGGAAUAAUACAGGCUGCAAGUCCGGAAGGAGGCUUCCUGGGAUCCGCAUCCAAACUGCGAUAUUGAUCUUUGUUGUUUUCUUCCGCCGAGGGAGGCACUUGGCAUGAGAAUCAGAGGAUGGAAAUUGUUUGGGAGGUGCUUUUUCUUCUGCAAGCCAAUUUCAUCGUCUGCAUUUCAGCUCAACAGAAUUCACCAAAAAUCCAUGAAGGCUGGUGGGCUUAUAAAGAGGUGGUCCAAGGAAGCUUUGUUCCAGUUCCUUCCUUUUGGGGCUUGGUGAAUUCAGCCUGGAAUCUUUGUUCUGUUGGAAAACGGCAAUCACCAGUUAAUAUAGAAACCAGCCAUAUGAUCUUUGACCCCUUCCUUACCCCUCUUCGCAUAAACACUGGGGGGAGAAAGGUCAGUGGGACAAUGUAUAAUACAGGGAGGCAUGUUUCUCUACGACUGGACAAAGAACACUUGGUCAACAUCUCUGGAGGGCCCAUGACAUACAGUCACCGCUUGGAAGAAAUACGGUUACACUUUGGCAGCGAAGACAGCCAAGGGUCAGAACACCUACUGAAUGGACAAGCUUUCUCUGGGGAGGUUCAGCUCAUCCACUAUAACCAUGAGUUGUAUACAAAUGUUACAGAAGCCGCAAAAAGUCCUAAUGGCUUGGUGGUAGUUUCCAUAUUUAUGAAAGUAUCUGAAUCAUCAAAUCCAUUUCUAAAUCGUAUGCUAAACAGAGACACCAUUACAAGAAUAACGUAUAAAAAUGAUGCAUACUUACUGCAGGGACUUAAUAUCGAGGAACUCUACCCCGAAACCGCUAGUUUCAUUACAUACGACGGGUCCAUGACAAUUCCACCCUGCUAUGAAACAGCAAGUUGGAUACUAAUGAACAAACCUGUCUACAUAACAAGGAUGCAGAUGCAUUCGUUAAGAUUGCUAAGCCAGAAUCAGCCUUCACAGAUUUUUCUGAGUAUGAGCGACAACUUCAGACCAGUCCAGCCUCUCAACAAUCGAUGUAUUCGAACAAACAUCAACUUUAGUUUACAAGGGAAAGAUUGCCCAAACAAUAGAGCACAGAAGCUACAGUAUAGAGUAAAUGAAUGGCUCCUCAAGUGAUUAAGAGAAAAGCAGGAAGAACUCAUAACCUCAGUGGAAUGCUACUACUGUGAAAUUGACGUGAUUCAGAAUGCCCCAGCCUCAUUCAGUUUUUGGUCUUUGUACUUCAUAGAUGGCAGACACGCAACUGUGCUCCUACACAAAAGGAGGUCAAGUUGGGAAUUCAGCUCAAUGAAAAUUAUUCAUAUGACCGGUCAUAGCAAACAAACAAAACAAAAAUGGACAAUAUCUCCUGUUAACCUGAUUACAAUUUUGAUACUGUUUUCCUGAAACUACUAUAGCUCACAAACAAAAGACUUUUCAGACUUUGUACAUAUCAGAUUCCUCUGCUGUUCCCCUCCUCUCUUCCUUCCUGUCCCAUCACCCUCCCCAUUAAAAAAUGGUGGUUCACUACCACAUCCAAGUGGAUUUGUGUUCUGUGUGCCAAGUAAUCCUUGGGAAGCUCUCAUUAUAUCACUCUCAUUACUGGUUACUGGCAAAGCAGAACUAGAAGAUUGUAAGGGAAACUUAUUUCUGGGUCAUGAUCCUUCUGUUUAUUUAAUAAUGGACAGAAAUGAGAUAAGUAUUGUAAAUAGAUCACUGAAGAAUAAUAAAGGAAAUUGAAAUAUUUUCCCCUCAUCACAUAUCUGUAGUAGGAACUGCCAAGACUGAAUUUAAUCCAUUUUUCUGUUUCUUGUUUUUCAAAGAUCAUACAUUGUGUUUGGUUACUGUUAACAAUUCAAUAAAUGUGUUCAACAAAUUAAUUUA